GCUCACUGAGAUGUGAAGGGGAAAACUUCAUCACAUCCUUCCAUAUCCCUGUGAGCCCAACUUAAUGCCUUUCCCCUGCUGGAGACAGGCAGAAAGGCAGUCUCCAAAAACAGCCUUUGAGUUGAAUGUCUCCAACAGAAUUCUUCUUUUGAAAUAAAAUUAUGCCAACUUCCCUCAGUUUAUUUUGCCUCCACAGUCUAAGCCCUGCACCUCUCCCUUGGUCGCCUGUUCCGACAAGAAUGAAAUGCUCUAAAGAGACACUUGUGCCCUCCCUUUGUUUCUGAGUUUGAAACAGUGGUCCCCAAAGAAUCACAGUUUCCCCGAGGGAAUCUCAUUCUGGGGGGAAGGGAUGGCUGAUGCCUGGUACCAACCAGAGGAGUUUGCCUUCCAAGAAGAGAUGUCGCACAGCUCUGACACCUUAUAUGAUGACCACCUUGCAGGACAGACUGGGCAGAGACCGUGAUGGGUAAGCCAUGGGCAGCAUCACCCCUUGGCGAGGACUGCUUGGUGAUACACACCUCUUGCCCUCUAUUCAAACCUGACUCUUGUAUCAGGACUGUGAAAACUGAUUUGGGGGGUCACUAGACCUCUUUUCUGUUCCUGUCUCUGCUUUUCACUAUUAUCUCUGCAAUUGGCCUGUUGGGGACAAGUGGCCACGUCGAGCUUGGUAGAACUGUCAGGGCUCAGGCUUUGACCCAAACAACCCCGGUGACACCUGAAGUUGUGGAAGAGAUGAGACAAUGCUUGGAGUGAAGCUGACCUCCUUCCUGUUCUGAGGGUGACGCAAACCCUGAGUGAGCGACUUCACCUCUCUAGUUCCUAGCAUACUCCAUAAACAUCAAGCACUUGUCUAAAGCACUGCUUCCCAAAAUACCACCUGCCAUUUCAUUAAAUGAAAUGUUGCAGCCAAAAGUCAGUUCCUCGACUGUCAGAUUUAGCCAUCACCAGCCACAAAUAGCUAAGUCUAUUUAAAUCAGUUUACAUAAGGAUGUCGGUUCCUCAACUGCAUUUGCCAUAUCUGAAGCAUAGUUGAAGUUACAUAUACCUAGUGUAAAUGUAACAUUUUCACCAGAAAAUUCUACUGGACAGUGCCCUGUCUGCUUGGGUUCUGAAGUACAAAGAUUAAAUACUGGUUUCUUUGAACUCUUUCCUUGUUGGCAGAAAAAAAAAUCAGCCUCCUGUUUGCUGCAGCAUCUCUUUGGGAUGAACCUUGCUUCCCUCCAGUUCAGCCUUCAAAAAGAAUUUGCUUGCAGUCCUUAACCUCCUCGGUUCAGAAGACUCGGGUUUGGAGAGUGUGGGGCAAUGUGGGCAGGUGCUGGAAGUUCCAAACUCAGCACUUCACUCCUAAGCAAAGAGUACCCCUAGAGUUUCACUGCAGCCACUUUGAGCUUUGAGUGGGGGACACCAUGAAGUCCCCCCCAAGAACCCAAAGUACCUUCAUGGCAGAGGCCAGAGACCAGAGACUGUAUCUAUUUGGAAAGCAAUUGGCACUAUCAAAUAGGGAUCCUGUUUUUCUGUGAACAGCCAAGUGCCUUCCUCAAGGAGUUUUGAGACAGAUAUCAUGGGCUAGGAACAUGGUAUAGGGAAUGUGUAAGUUCAUGGGGUUUAACCUUCACAAAAGCCAAGGCCUCUUAAAACGUGAGAUGAAGACCCAAGGAAUCAGCCAGGGUCCCUGGUUCCAUGGCUUAGAAAUAACAUCUUCCCUUUCCUGUCUGGGCUUCAUUGGGCUUCAGCUCUCUAUAGUCAAACAGGAUGGGAAAGAUGUUUAUAGACAAGGUAAAUGGGUCACCCCUAACCUUCUGCUAAAGUCAUCUACCUUCAUCUUUGCCAGGGGGAAGAAAUAAAGAAGGAAUAUAAAUUUAUAUAUGUCUUGAUUGUUAACAGUGCUUACAAAAGAAUAUAUGAAGGAAAUAUCUAAGCCUUUAUUGAAUAGCCCAGCAGUUUUUAGCACAGCCCCUUUUAUCAUUUAUGGAAAAGAAAGUCACAGCUGGAUUUAUUCGUCAAGAUUCUAUCUUCUUUCUAAUUUGAUAGCAACAACAAUAAUGACAGCAAUUUCAAAUAGUCAUUAUUUGGUGCUCAGCACAUACAUGUGGGUAUUAGCACACUUGAACCUCACAAUCACUCAGUAAGGUAGGAGGUGCCACCCAAGCACAAAUGGGAAAAUCACCUUAACCCAAGUAUCCUGGCCCCAAGUGCAUGCUGUGGGCUCUUGAUUACCUGUGGUGAUAAUACAGAUCAGAAGCAGACGUUAUAAGCCCACCCAUUCCCAUGCUCCAUCUCCAUUCUGUCCUUCAAAUGUGGCUGUGGCUGGUUGGUUCUUUCAGAGGUAUUCUGUACAUACAUGUAUAUCCAGGGGGCACUGGGAAGUCUUGACCGGGGAUAUGGAUAGGGACACUUUUGUGUCCCAUAUUGUCGAGAAGAAUCUGCAUAGGUAUGUUAACAGUUUAGUACAGACACACUGUGAAUAUAUGUUUGUUGUGCAUUAACUCUCCAGCCCUGGACGAAUGCCGGGUUGAUUCCAGAAGACAUCAACUAGAGUCCCUAUUCCCAGAAAGUUCCUGGGCCUAAAUGUUCAGAGAAUGAAAGAAGGCUGCUGAGGAGAGGACAAGGGUGACACAGACAUCUCAAGUCUCAGAGAUGAGGCUGACCCCCUGAGCAGAGGGGCACAACAGCUCUGGAAUGACUGGCUUUUUGUUUCCCUCCUCCUGCCUGGGUGGGAGGGAUGGCAGCUUGUCCUGGGGUGGUAAUCUGCCGUUCACAAAUGGCCCGGCUUUCUGAAUAUAGAGCAGCAUAAAGAUCCAAUACCUCUCCCUGCUCAUUGGCAUCUGCGGCGGGAGGGGGAACAGGCCGCAGAUGCCAAUGAGCAGUUCUGGCCGCAUCUCACCCAUGUACCCUAGGAGAUCCAUGUUUUCUGACAGCAGAGGUCCACUUUGCUUUCCAAGUGUCCGUGUGGGUACUUACCAUGGUUAGUCUAGAGACAAGGAGAGCGAGUAAAAUAAAGUGGAAAUUAAGGGUGUCUGGGCCUUUUUAAGUACUCCGUCUACCCCAGUGAUUCUGCUGUCCCCUCUGGACAUGACUUCCAGCCCUGAGCCGGGUUAAAUCUCUACCUUAGGGCUUCCUGCUCCGUCCUCAAUUUUCUGCAGAGAGUGUUAUUACAAACAGCACGGGACACAUUCUCUUGACCUCAUUGACUGUCUGCGCCCCACCUGCCUGGGUGUGCUCCAGAUGUUUAUCCGGUUGCUCAUCCUCAUCUCCCCAUGGCCCGGGUGUUUCACAGAUCUGCGGAAGGAAAGACAGUGCAGCCAGGCAACAGGGCGGAGUGCUGUUUGGAUGGUUGCUGUUGUCCGCGGACUUGCAGCUUGAUGACCGUGGAAUGCCUUGCUCCAGAAUCCCAUCUGUGAGUGCUGGAGUCUAAGGCGGAUGGCAGGCAGUGGGCUGCAGGGUGGAAUGGCAGGCAAGCUACCCAACCAAGUGCCCCCUUUUCUGGUCAGGUUGCCCCCAGCAUCUCAAGCAGGAUUUAACAAGCUGGGUCUCAACCAUUCUUUGGCCCCUCAGUAGGGCGACCACUGCUGAUGACGUGGGCUAGACCCCUGAGUAUCUCUGGCUGUCCUGGAUUUUUCUCAUCUCUCUCUCUCUCUCUGUCUCUCUCUGUCUCUCUCUCUCUCUCUCUCUCUGUCUCUCUCUCUCUCUCUCUCUCUCUCUCUCUCUCUCUCUCUCUCUCUCUCUCUCUCUCUCUCCCUUUACAUUUUGUUUAUUAUUUAACUUCUUGAGCCGGAGGUGGGUGGAUGGGGGUCAGAGGACAGAGUAUGCUCUCUCCUUCCACCAUGUUGGUCCUGGGAAGAAACCAGUCAUCAGGCUUGAUGACAAGACCCUGUAUUCGCCAAGCCGUCUCUCAGCACCCGCCAUGGCCUUUCUCUCUCAGCUGAGGUUUAGAAACAGCAGCCACCGCUUGCCUUCACUGCCACGUUGCAUCCACGUCUGACUGCACUAGAAUCUGGCUUCAACCCAAGGCCUCUCACCAGUAUUAAGUAAUCUCCUUGGUUCUCAGAGCCUCCAUCCUGCUGCCCACCGCCCCUCCUCCCUGCCUCCAGGCUGGCCGGCAGGUGCUCACUACCUGCUCACGCCCUCUGCGCGCUGAAAGUCCCCAUCAAGGCCUGAGGCGGCCGGUUCCUGUCACCUCUCUCCUCUUUCACCUGCAGCUAACCUUUGGAGUGGGUUCGCUCUAAAACCAGACAGUUACGAAAUGGCAGCAGCCUCAGGCGACAAAGCCAGGUCCCCAGGGCUGGGGGUCGGGGUGUGCCCUCGAAGAGGAGCCCCACUGCCCUCUGGCCCCUCUCACCGCGUAAUCGGGGACACGCUCUCUGACCCGCUUUCCCGGAGGCGCUUUCUGGUCCUUCUGCUUGGACAGGGGCGGCGAGGAAGGGCGGUGACCCGGGGGCGGAGGGGAGUGGCCGCCGCGGCCUAUUUCCGCGAACCCCGCGAACCCGGUUCGGGGAGCUCGGUGCAAGUUUCUCGCCUCCACGCAGUCUCCUUGGCCCCCGCCAUCCGCGUCCAUGCAGCCUCGUCGACCCCCGGCGCCCGCGCUGCUGCUGAGCCUCUGGCUGCUGCUGAGCCUCGCAGUGCGCGCGGCUGCCCGGGAGCACCCCGACGUCCCCGCGCGGCCCCCGGCGGCGGCGGGGCUGCCACGCGGGAUCCUGCAGUUGGCGGCGCGCGCUGCCCUGCACUUCUUCAACUUCCGCGCCGGCUCGCCCAGCGCGCUGCGGGUGCUGGCCGGCGUGCAGGAGGGCCGCGCGUGGGUCGACCCUCAAGAGGGAUGUGAAGUGAACUUGGUGUUUAGCACAGAGCGCUACAACUCUGAGGAGGAACCUUCUUGGGUAACUUCAAAACUUUUAUUGCAGGAAGCUGAGGAACGUUUGGGCAAAUGUUCUGCAAGGGUGUUUUUCAAGAAUCAAAAACCCAGACCGGCCAUUAAUGUCACCUGCACAGGACUCACUGAGAAAAUGAAGAGACAAGAAAGAGAUUAUCUGCUUUACAAGCAAGUGAAGCAACUGAAGAGUCCUUUGGACAUCGUCAGCAUUCCUGAUAGUCAUGGACAUAUUGAUCCCUCACUGAGACCCAUCUGGGACUUGGCUUUUCUCGGCAGCUCUUACGUGAUGUGGGAGAAGACAACCCAGUUCCUGCACUACUACUUGGCCCAGCUCACUAGUGUGAAGCAGUUGAAAACUGACAAUGACGGCAUCGACUUUGAUUUUACUGUUCUGCUGCAUGAAUUCUCAACACAGGAAAUCAUCCCCUGUCGAAUUCACUUGUUCUGGUACCCUAGCAAACCACUGAAAGUACAGUACCACUGUCAAGAGCUGCAGAGCCCAGAAGAAGCCUCUGGAAUGGAGGAAGCAUCAGCCAUGGCACCAACAGAGCUCAGUAAUUUCUAAAGAGAAAAGAGCGAUCCGCUUCUAUCACAUUCCAAACAAAGCGACUCCACAGGCCUACUUCAUCACUCCUGCAUGAAAGCAAAGGUCCAGGCAUCCCAGCAACUUAGGCAGGCCUGCGGUCACAGGCAAGUGUUUCCCCCCAGAUCAGCCUUGGUGUUUAACUCCGAGAGCCAGUGCACACAUGUACCUAUCUGCCCAGGGCUUAGCGGUCAGAGCACAUUGCUAAGACUUUGUGCAGGUGGAUCAACAACUGCUUUGGGGAAAAGGUUUCAUCUCUGAAUUUGUGUUUUUCAUAAUUUUGGACGUAGUAUAGCUAUUUUACGUUCCUAAAUUGCUCCUACUUAUUACGUCAACAAACAGUUUGUCAACGAAAGUAAAUUGCAGGGAAAUAUUAACUGCGAAUUUCAGGCAAGCAUUCCCUUUUAACUUUGAAAUAAAUGUUUGCAUUUCUAAAUAACAAAAUGUGUUUGUAAGCUUUUGUAUGCACAGCAAAAUGUAGGCUCACCUAGAACUACAUCAAAUCCCACUACUGCCUGAUUCAAAUCUUACAAACAGCAUGCCAUCUCACAUGAUAAAGCUGCAGACACACAGUUAAAGAAACACUGAUCUAGCUCAGAGUAUACCAAAAUAUACUUAUUUCUUUAUUUAUCAGGACAACUCAGAUCCAGUGUUGGUGUAAGUAAUCAAUAAAAGCCAACAUAAUAUGUAAUAAUCAAAUUCAGCAAAGUACCUCCUGAAGGCAGGAAGAACUGAUCCAGGAAAUGUCAUCAUCUGCCUCUCACAAUUAUUAAAAUUUAAUGGAACACUUAUGUCACUGUCUUAAACUCUUGAGCCAGGUUCCUUGGCCAGUAACUGAUUAGGGGACAUCAGCUUCAAAAUGAAAAAAGGAUACAGAGGCACCCACAUGAUGGGUGAGGUUAUGUCCCCAUAGAGGCUGGAAAUGCAGUCAAUGCACCUAAACACCCAGCCUGACAACACCAUAGACUUUGCUGUUACCCUGGUGCUCAUGUGGCUGCAGAACCGUGUCCUGCUGCUACUGUCCCAAACUUCCAGAGUCUCAUACAGUCUUUUCCUUAGCUAAGGCCCAAAUUGUCCAUAUGGUUUUCCAGAAAGAAUGCCAUUUCGAGUCACUGUCCAAUCAACUACUAAAAAUGGAGUUAUAGUCUCUACUUAGAUAACAGGAAAGUUUACACUUCAGAGGAAGGUUUUAGGCAGGGACACCUAACAAAAUAGCCGGAAGCAGAUCUAAUUGUGUAUUUCUUUUCUGUUUUAAACCCCAAACUGUUGCACUUACCUCUCCAGUACCUACUCCUUUUAGCAAGUCCUAAAUCCUCUGCAUAAUCUCUUAAGGGAAACAGCAGCUCUCCUCCUAUGCAAUAAUGAAGACAAAGUACUUUUUCUAAGCACCUAAGAAGCAAUACGUAAUGACUGCAUUGAGCCAAAUCAAGCCAACAGAUAAAAGUUUCGAACUGAGGUUCCCUGAACAAUCUUUCAAAGGAGAUCCCAUGAGCGCUGCAUAGAUUAUAACACAUUGCUGUCCUGUGAUCUCCAUCCAUUCUUUACUAUCCUUCUAAAUGGUAUCUCAGCUUUCUCCAAGAUCUUACUUUCAAAAGAUUUCUCAUUACGCUUACAAGUGAUCAUACUUCCGCCAGUGAACAACAAACAACAUGCCUUAAACAGACUGAUUUUGCUAUAGAGCAUGAAGAGGGAUUGUAUGCAGAAGUCACAAAGUUAAAGCAACUAGACAUUUCUCAGUGUCUUCAUCAGAACAUCUUUUCUAUCAUGAACUCUGAGAUUGUGAGCUUGAUUUAAUUAACAUUGAUUUCACUGGCUAACAACAGAGCAAGUACUUCAUUUGCCUUAGCAUAAAAUGAAAAACUGAAUUCCCCAAGCCCUCUUUCCAUUAGCGGUAUAAAUUCUGAGUCACCAAGUCAAUGACAGUUACAUUUACCAUCACAUUUACCUAACUUCUCAGGAACUUUCAGAGUUUUAAGAUACAUCAGAAGUAGUACCAGGAUUUUGACUGCCAUUUUAUUCUCUUCUACUAUUCAGUUUCAAUUUUUCCUACUUGAAUGGUAGUUUUUUAGAUAGUACACAUGGUGGUUUGAAUGAGAAUGGCCACUCUAGGCUCCAGGCCAGGGAGUGUACUAUUUGAUAGGAUUAAGUGUGCCUUGGAGGAAGUGUGUCGCUGGAGGUGGGCUUUGAGGUUUCAAGGGCCCAAGCCAGGCCCAGUGUCUCUCUCUUCCUGGGGCCUUCAGAUGCAGAUGUAGAACCCUCAGCUACUUAUCCAGCAUCUUGUUUGUCUAUGCACUGCCAUGCUCUCCACCAUGAUGAUAAUGGACCAAACCACUGAAAACUGUAAGCCAGCCUCCAAUUAAAUGAUUUAUUUCAUGAGUUGCCGUGGUCAUGGCGUCUCUUCACAGGAAUCGAACAUUGACUAAGACAGUUUGUUUGAAGGUCAGUUGAAAUAUCUAUAUUUGGACUUGAAUGUUAGUCCUUCAAGAUCUUAUAGUUUACCACACUGACUUUUCUCAGUUUAGAAAAUUCUGGUCAGUUCUGUGACCUUUCCUAGCUUUCAAAACACAAGUCUUAGCCACCAUGCUCCCUAGCCUACAUAUGAAUGGGUAACUGACUAGAACGUUCUCUAGAAGCACAAGUAGGUUUCUUCAGUGAGGCACUGCUAAGUUAGCUGAAGACUUCAAAUUCUCAUUCAACAAUGUAUAGUUUCAACAAUGAGAAGAGUUACCUUCUUCAAUGGGAUAGUUCCGACACGUCACAACUCACUCCUUCCUGGUGGCUGCCAAAUUUAAGAUUCAUAUGUUAAAUAUUAAAAUAUAAAAAUUCCCAACUUUCAAAACUGAUUAAAUUCUGUUGAUUCACAAACUACAUAAUUAAGCAGGGAGGAAAAGAAUAACAGAAAACUGAACUGCAUUUCUUUAACGUCAGUUAUCAGCUGAAGGAACAAGAGCCCAACUGUAAUAUCUCACAAAGGAAUAUUGGUAUUAUACAUUAGAAUUACAAAAAAAAAUCUUUAAUUUCAUGUCUUAGGCCUAUGUGCAGGUGACAUUGCAGUCGUUAGCAUCAAAUGUAUACUGGAGUCAACUGGACACAUUCAGAGAGCCCCGAUAUGCAGAGAUGGGUCCUCACUUAAGCUCCAGGGAAUUUUUAAGUGAGUCAGGAAGAGAGCAGCCAUGCAGCAGCUGCCAGUGCGGCCUCUCCCCAACACAAGCUAACACUUUCUUUAAAUUAGCUAAACCUACCCUUCCUAAUAGUAGUGUCAAAAUCUUUAUUUAUUAAUAUCCACAUUGAUAUUUUCCACGCUGUAGGCUUUGUUUGGUCGUUACCAUCCAUCCAUCACUAAUCUACUGAGUUAGCAACAGAUGUGGCUGUUCUUGUCCUCCGGGAUCCUGUUCCAUUCACGCUCCAAUGUGGAUCCAUGCCAUUGCCUAUGAAAUGCUGCUGAUGGAUUAGAAACCCAGGAGAGUUACAACUUCUUCUCUUCUCUUCUUCUUCCUCUUCUCUUUCACGCCCCCCGCUUCCCACCUUCUCUUGAAACAAGGUCUCACUGUGUAUCCCAGGCUGGCCUUGAACUCACAGAGAUCUACCUGCCUCUGCCUCCUGAUGGUAUAACCAGAAUAUUUAACAAAUUAAAAAUGCACUCAGUUUUAUCCAUUUUUCUGACUAUUCUCAAUAUCCAGAGACUGCAUUAAAUUCUGUGGCAGUAUUUCCUUACUGAGAAUGUACUCACAGUACCAAAAGCAAACCACUUCCAAGGUGUGAUGCCAUGGUACAGCCACACACAUUCAUGGAGCUAGUGACUUGUAACCACAGGACCUAUUUGAAAACUUAAAGAGCAUGGUCUUCAAACACUCUACUAUCUCUAUAUGUUUUCUCUGGUUACAAAGACACAAUAUUUACUUUCACAGGGUUACAAGAGUUAAAUUAGAUAAUGCAUCUAAUUUCAAAGCAGGCAGGCAAUUCAAUCUUUUUAUCCUAGAAUUCUAAAAUUAUAAAGUCUACAAAUAAAGUCAAAAGCUGCACAAGAUGUUGCAGGCCUGUAAAACCAGCAAUGCAGAGGUCAGAGGUGGUGUGUGUGUGUGUGUGUGUGUGUGUGUGUGUGUGUGUGUGUGUGUGUGUGUGUGUAGGUGGAGAGCAGGAGCUCAAGGCUAGACAUGAAAGCCUGUCCAAAACACCCACCACUUAUUUCUAUUAUCUACUUUUAUUGAGUAAGGAUAACAGAUUAGGGUAUAUAUGUGGCAUCAGAGGUUUCGGUGUGAAAAAUUCUUAAAAGUAUAAAGCCAACUAAUUCUGGAAACAAAGGCUUACAUUCGCUGUUUCUCAACUUCAAUGAACACAACAUAGGCCAAACUCAAAUCACUCAACUGAACUACCAGGCAUCACGAACUGAGCAGGCAGCAACUCUACAAAUCCUGCUUUAUCCAAAUCUAUGAAUGCAAAUAAGGAGAACGUAGGUAAGCUCCUUGUUCUUGUCUAAUACAAGACUGCCAAUAACACUGUACUCCUAACACGGGUGGUUAUAAAUGGGCAGAAGCCACAGACUGAAGCCAUUUGCCAACUUCACUCUUUUAAUAGCCCAACGAAGAAUCUGAAAAUGCUCUCUAGUAAGAUCAUGAUUCACACAUGCCUCAUUAAGUGACACUCCAAGAGAUGUCAUGAUGUACAAUGUUUACACUCAGAGCCUCAACAGAGUAACUUCUAGAAUAUCAAUGCAUGCCGUAGAGACAAGGAACAACUUACUUGAGAAGUAAAUCACUGAAAAUUAUUGACUCUUGACUAUAAAUGGAAGAAGCUACAUGGCUAUUCUGUACUGUUUUUUCAACUUUUCGGUAUGUUGAAAACUCUCAUGAUAAAAAAUUGAGGGAGUUGGAGAGAUGGCUCAGUGGUAAAAUGCUGGAUGAGUAAGCAUGAAGACCUGAGUUCAAUCCUCCAGAGUCCAUGUAAAGUCAGCUGGGCACCGCACAUGCCUGUAAUCCUAGGAAGUGGGGGUGGGGGUGGGGCAGGAUGAUCCCUGGGGCUUGAUGGUCAGUCAUACUCGAGUUCCAGGUUUAAUGAGAGACGUUACCUCAAAACUAAGUUGGAAAACAAUGAGAAAGACAACCUCUGGCAGGUACAUACACACACAAAACCACAAAUGUACAUACACGAGCACAUGGGAACAGGGGGGCAUGGGCUGCAUAACCACAGUCCCAGGACAUGCACACGGGGUGGGGGUGGGGGCUGCAUAACCACAGUCCCAACACAUGCACACGGGGUGGGGAUAGAGGCUGUAUACCCACAGUCCCAGCACAUACACAUGGGGGUGGGGGGUGGGGGCUGUAUACCCACAGUCCCAGCACAUGCACAUGGGGGUGAGAGGGUAUGGGCUGUAUACCCACAGUCCUAGCAUUUGGCAAGAGGACUGUGAGUUUUGAGGUCAACCUGGGUUACACACAUAG